AUGAAGGUGAAGAAGGAGAGGAUGUGCUUACAUAUUUUGUCUCCAACCCUGAAGACCCGACCCGAUAACCAGGAUCCGACAUCCAAGGCGGUUCCCCAGCCGCCGUCGCCGCCGAGGACGUGGUGGGUUUGGGCUGAAACCGCAGCCCCACUCAGGACAACAACCGCCGCAAAAACGGCGGCGAACGCCUUCAAAAGGGAGCUCAAGCAUCGGAGGGCCUCGUGCCCUCGGCCGAGCGGCUCCCGUAUGCUGCUCACUGACGAUGGUGGCAUUGUAAUGCCCCCUAGAGAGUCUUGUAGCAUGUUCUAUGUUGCUCGAGGCUUAGACUCAUCAAUUGACCAAGUGCAUGACAUUGAUAUGCCUGAUACCUUUGCUUCAAGUGUUGAUGGCAGUGAGCCCAUAUAUGAAGAGGAAGAGUGCAACAGAAAACAAGUUGGCAGAAGUUGUGUGAUUGAUGAUGAAUUUAAGGACAGAAUAUCAAUUAAACCUGAUGGACUGAUCCAGAGAAUUUUUAAGAACAGUGCAAGGUGGAGUAAAACAAUAUCAUCUUCCUCAGGCAAUUUAAAAGUCACCUUCUUUUGCCGCUUAUUAUUAUUCCCUUUCCUAAGGCUUCUCGCCCUUAUGCAACUUCUGGGCACCUUCACGCCUUCUUCGUCUUCCUCAUCAAAACUUGUUCUUGGCGUGUAA